AGGACGAUUUUACAGACGACGAAAACGAAGUGUUCGACGUUCUCGCAGAAGACGUAGGUACAGCUAUAGGCGUCGGAAUUCUGCUCGACGGUCUCGAACACGCGUUUACAGGAGCAGAUACGUAAGUGUUCGACGAUCUCGAAGACGCAAUUACAGGCGAACUUAUGUUACUGUUCGACGAUCUCGAAGACGCACGUAUAGGCGAACUUAUGUAACUGUUCGGCGAUCUGGAAGACGCGUGUACAGGCGUCGUACCCAAAUUCGGAUUUACAGGCGACGUUAUAUAAGAGGUUUUUAUCGAAGAGGUAUAAACCGUCGUCGUUCUGGUAGAAGAUCUAAUUACAAGAGACGUUCCAAGAGAAGAGGUAACCGACAUGGAAGAAGACAUGGAAGAAGACAUAGAAGAAGACCCAUUUUUGUGUAUAAAAUAUGCAAAACAACCUGCAAAGUAAAUGGAGGGUGGUCUAGAUGGGGCAGCUGGAGGUCAUAUGGAAAAUGUAGUAAUAAAUGUGGAAGAGGAACCCAGAAAUACGUAAAAUAUAGGACAUGUACCAACCCGAGGCCACGUAACGGAGGCAGCAGAUGUUACGGCAGUAGCUUUAGAUACAUGUACAAGUCCUGUUAUCGCCGCCACUGUGAUCCAAAAUGGUCUGCAUGGGGCAAAUGGAGAGCAGUAGGAAAAUGUAACUGUGGGAAAGGAACUCAAAAAUACGUCAGAUAUAGGACAUGCUUAAACCGAGGACUACGUUAUGGACGCAAAAGAUGUUACGGCAGGAGGAAAACAUAUAAAUAUAAACCAUGUCGUCGCUCCAUUUGUGAUCCAAAAUGGUCUGCAUGGGGCAGCUGGAGAGCAGUAGGGAAAUGUAACUGUGCGAAAGGAACUCAAAAAUACGUCAGAUAUAGGACAUGCUUUAACAGAGGACUACGUUAUGGACGCAAAAGAUGUUACGGCAGGAGAAAAACAUAUACAUAUAAACUAUGUCGUCGCUCUACUUGUGAUCCAAAAUGGUCUGCAUGGGGCAAAUGGAGAGCAGUAGGAAAAUGUAACUGUGGGAAAGGAACUCAAAAAUACGUCAGAUAUAGGACAUGCUUAAACCGAGGACUACGUUAUGGACGCAAAAGAUGUUACGGCAGGAGGAAAACAUAUAAAUAUAAACCAUGUCGUCGCUCCAUUUGUGAUCCAAAAUGGUCUGCAUGGGGAAAAUGGAGAACAGUAGGAAAAUGUAACUGUGGGAAAGGAACUCAAAAAUACAUCAGAUACAGGACAUGUCUAAAUCGAGGCCUACAUUAUUGGGGCAAAAGAUGUUACGGCAGCAGGAAAGCAUAUAAAUAUAAAGGAUGUCGUCGUUCCGUUUGUGAUCCAAAAUGGUCUGCAUGGGGCAGCUGGAAAGCAGUAGGGAAAUGUAACUGUAGGAAAGGAACUCAAAAAUACGUAAGAUAUAGGGCAUGCUUAAACCGAGGACUACGUUAUGGAGGCAAAAAAUGUUACGGCAUGAGGAAAACAUAUAGAUAUAAACGAUGUCGUCGCUCCAUUUGUGAUCCAAAAUGGUCUGCAUGGGGCAAAUGGAGACCAGUAGGGAAUUGUAACUGCAGGAAAGGAACUCAAAAAUACGUCAGAUACAGAACAUGUCUAAACCGAGGCCUGCGUUAUUGGGGCAAAAGAUGUUACGGCAGGAGGAAAACAUAUAAAUAUAAACGAUGUCGUCGCUCCACUUGUGAUCCCAAAUGGUCUGCAUGGGGCAAAUGGAGACCAGUUGGAACUUGUAACUGUAGGAAAGUAACUCAAAAAUACGUCAGAUACAGAACAUGUCUAAACCGAGGCCUACGUUAUUGGGGCAAAAGAUGUUACGACAGAAGGAAAACAUAUACAUAUAAACGAUGUCAUCGCUCCCCUUGCGUAAGGAAAUGGUCUGAAUGGGGUAAAUGGAAACCCUUUGGAAAAUGUAGCAACUCAUGUGGAAAUGGAACUCGGAAGUACGUAAGAUACAGAAAAUGCUUAAACCCUAAAAAGGUGUUCUGGGUAAAAAUGUGCUUUGGCAGAACAUCCAUGUACAAAAGUGAAUCUUGUUAUGGAAACGAUUGUUAUCCCAAAUGGUCUGCAUGGGGCAGCUGGAGACCAGUAGGAACUUGUAACUGUAGGAAAGGAACUCAAAAAUACGUCAGAUAUAGGACAUGCUUAAAUCGAGGACUACGUUAUUGGGGCAAAAGAUGUUACGGCAGAAGGAAAACAUAUGCAUAUAAACGAUGUCAUCGCUCCCCUUGCGUAAGGAAAUGGUCUGAAUGGGGCACGUGGAGUCCUGUUGGAAAAUGUAGCGAAUCAUGUGGAAAUGGAACUCGGAAGUACGUAAGAUAUAGAAAAUGCUUAAACCCUAGAGUAGUGUUCGGAGUCAAAAUGUGCUUUGGUAGAACAUCAAUGUACAAAAGUGAAACUUGUUAUGGAAAAGAUUGUGGAAAAGAAUGGUCUGAUUGGGGCACAUGGAGCCCCUUUGGAAAAUGUAGCGAAUCAUGUGGAAAUGGAACUCAGAAAUAUGUUAGAUACCGAAAAUGCUUAAACCCUAGAAAGGUGUUUUGGGUUAAAAUGUGCCUCGGUAGAACAUCAAUGUACAAAACAGAAUCUUGUUACGGGCAGAAUUGUAGUACAGAUGACAAAGUUCAUGGAGGAUGGUCUGAUUGGGGAAACUGGAUCCCAUUUGGAAAGUGUAGUAAAUCAUGUGGUAAUGGAACCCAGGUUUAUGUGAAAUAUCGGUCAUGCACAAACCCAAGACCGAGAAAUGGAGGGAGGAGAUGUUCCGGCGGAAACUCCAAGUACGAACGUAAACCCUGUCACGUUCAAAAGUGUACCAAAGCUGUUGAUGGAGGAUGGUCAGCAUGGGGUAGCUGGAAACCAUCGUCAAAAUGUAGCGAAUCUUGUGGAAAUGGAACCCUGACAUACGUAAAAUAUAGAUCAUGCACGAACCCAAGUCCUGAAAAUGGUGGCAAGAAAUGCUAUGGAAGAAGUUCCAAUUACAGCUAUGGAUUUUGUUUUGGCUUUCUAUGUGAAAGAG